AUCUAAUUCACGUCUCUAGGAGCUUAUCCCCCAGAUUCCAGACUUUGGUUUCUCCAAAAAAUGUCCAGAACUCACAAUCCACGGCAAUGGCUUCCAGUCCUGCUCAAUCUCCUCUUCCUCCUACAGCUUUUCGACACAUCAAACGCCGACGUCGGCACUGCUGCCCAGUACCCUCCUCCGUAUUUACCGACGCAAUGUUUUGGAGGCGAUUCGUCGCAGUUUCCCUCGAGUAAUCUAUUCGCAGCGGCCGGUGACGGAAUAUGGGACAAUGGAGCGUCGUGUGGGAGGCAGUACUUGGUGAGAUGCAUAAGUGCGGAAGAAACGGGGACGUGUGUUCCGGACAAAACGAUUCAAGUGAAGAUUGUGGACUAUGCCGGAACUAUUAACAAAGCAUCGGUUUCGGGCACCACCAUGGUCUUGUCCCAAACAGCCUUUGGAUCUGUUGCUAAUUCGACGGCUAGAUCCAUUAACAUUGAGUUUCAACAGGUAUGAUAUGGAAGAUGCAGAAAUGAUGGAGCAUGGGUUUGAAUUUUCAAUCAUAUUCUUCUGCAGGAGUGGAACGUGCAAGCUGAUGGCGGAGAAACUUCAUGCGUUAUCGUAUUUAUAUUUUGAUUGGGCAGUGUUUUCACAUAUUUUUUUUUACUUUUUCACGUAUCUUCUAUUAAUUUAUAAGGAAAACUAAUGAAAAUUGUUUGAAAACUUUGAGUUUUAAUGA